AUGUUCAACGCGCUCAAUCGGUUCAUGUCCCGUCUGGACGGCGACGUGCCCCAGCGACGCAACGAACACGGAUCCUUUGGCUUCCAAGUGCUAAGGAAUACAAACCUCCAGCUGGCCGUCGAGCCAUGGUUCGAUUUCAUCGUCGGAAUCAAUGGAAGACCCAUAGAAGACCCCAAUCCCGCCCUCUUUGCGCAAGAAGUUCGAAACUGCGCCGGUAGCACCGUCUCCCUCGGCCUCUGGAACGCAAAGGGCCAACGGACGCGAGAAAUGCACGUCCCCGUGCCGCCAGACACGGCAUCCCUCGGCCUCACCCUCCAAUACUCACCGAUUGCUCUCGCCGCAAACAUAUGGCACGUGCUAGACGUGGCGGCCAAGUCUCCCGCCGACCAGGGCGGUCUCCUCCCUUACAGCGACUACAUCCUGGGCAGCCCUGAGGGAUCGCUGCAUGGCGAGAGCGCUCUGGGCGAACUGGUGGAGGACCACAUUGGCCGGCCGCUGCGGCUGUUCGUCUACAACAACGAAUACAACGUCACGAGAGAGGCGACGAUACACCCCAGCCGGGAUUGGGGUGGUGAAGGCGCGUUGGGGUGCGUGCUUGGUUACGGCGCGUUGCACCGUCUGCCUGCUCCGUUGAGCGAGCCUGUGAAUGCGCCUGGGGAGACCAUGUUUGACGGGGACGUCAAUGAAAAAGGUGGCGAGAGCGGGUUUGUCCCUGCGGAUGCACCGUCUGCACCACCUCCUGCUGCGCAACCAGAAUCAGGUAGUGAAUAUCUGGUGCCGGCGCAGAUGGUGGGCUCCGACCCAGUGAGCGCGCCGCCGCGGUCAGGAGCAGGAAAGAAGAAGGACAGACACCACCACCCCGCGAACAACGACUUCAUGGACGACUACUUCAAGGAGCAGGAGAAAAAGAGCCGCGAGUUGGAUAAUGCCCCGUCUGGUAAGGGGUCACCAGCGCCGCCGCCCCCAAAGGCAGGGCCCCCCAAAGCCGCGACACCAGUACAAGCAGCCGAGUAG